AUGGAAGACUUUCUCGACUUGGCGCAUCAAUUCAUCAAGGCUGAAGAGGCAGUAGGAUCAAAGGCUGAUCUGAUCGGGAAAACGAAAAGGGCUGAGGAAGAAGCAAGUCACAGCAGGACCAAGCGAAGAAGCAAGUCUCCCAAGAGGAGCAAAUCACUAAAAGGUAGGCGUAGUAGCUUGUCACGUAGAAUAAGCAGGUCGCCGGCCAGAGGUUCCAACAAGCGAUCAGCAAUGCCACCAGCAUAUAUCAAGACUUUCACUCCUUUGAACACAAAAAGAAAGGAAAUUCUGUUGCAAAUCAAGUCCAACGACUAUGUGAAAUGGCCAUUCAAGAUGAGGGGAGACCCCAACAAUAGGAACCCGAACAAAUAUUUCCAUUUCCACAAAGACGUAGGGCAUGACACGGAAAAUUGUAGGAACUUGAAGAAUGAGAUCGAAGACCUCAUCAAGAGGGGCUACCUGAGGCACUUCAUUAAAGAUGAAUGGCGACCUGAGGAAAGAACUAGCAAGGAAGUGCCUCAGGUCAGCAGGGAGUAG